AAUCAACCGGAAAUGGUAUGUUAUUAGAAAUAAACAAGAGCGAAGUCUUCUUCAAGAAAUGUUUAUUUUUGCCCCCUGUCAAUCGAGCUGGAUUUACAUUACUAAGCCAAGUUCUAACCUUAUGUAUAUAACCUAAGAAUGGAGAACAUCUAUAAUGGCCAGUUAUCCAGCAGUGCUAGGCUUGACAACUUUCACAUAAAUGGCAUGCCAUACAGGCCUGUUUCAUCGUAUGAAAAUCACAGUUCAGUUAAUUGUCAACUCGAAAAUCAUAGCAAUUCACAGUUUAAGAAUCAUAAUAGCACGCAGCCAUUUCACAAUAAUUCAUCAUCUUCAGUCGAAACAGCUGCGUACCAAGUUCCAAGUCCAUCAGAUGAUUCCAAUAUAAAUUCCGAAACAAAUGCAGAACAUCUGACUACGUCCUACUGUAUCCAACAAAUUAAACAACUAACAGAAAAACAGAUAACUGAUCAGAAUAAUUUAUUUCAAGAAAUUGUUUCGACUAGUACUCAAAUAACUGGACAUGAUCUCUUCACCCAUAAGAUAGUGUCUCUUUGUAAUAAAAUUCUUGCCCAAUCUUUAAACAGUAAUAAAUCAGUUAUCAACUACUGUCAAAAAUUGAAUGACCUGACCCUUGAAACCAAAAAGGAAUUCCCACCAGACGAGGAAAUAAUAGAAAACAGUGCAAUAAGUAACAAGAAGCAAAAAGUUAAAAAAAUUGUUAGAAUUAAAAAGGAAAAGAAAGGUUUAAAGACGAAAGAAGAAUUAAUUAAUAACACAAAUAAACGUAGAAGUUCAUUGAGGAUUAGUGUUAAAAGGAAAUCAUGCAAACCUUUAAGGAAACUAAGAAAGCGAACCCCAGCACGUAAAACCAUUGAACAAGAGGAGUCAAGCGAGGAAGCCUUUGAAGACCAUGAAUCAGAUGACGACAUAUACUUACCAGACAAAGAACCAGAGUUUUGUGAUGUUCCUGUGUCUUUUGCACAAUCUGAUGACCCAGAUGACAAUCCUGGUACUGAUUCAGAGAAUCAGGAAGAGAGUUUAUCACAGGAUAAUGAGGACGAGACGACAGAAAACACAACAAAUAAUGUCAAAAAAUCUGAAGUCGUUGAUACAAGACCCCAUCCCUGCACUUUAUGUUCGAAGCGUUUUCGUUUCGCAGGUAGUCUGGCUCGACACCUCCAAGAUCAUGAUCAUAAUAUAUCUCAAGAAAACAAUUGUCCGGUCUGUAAAAAGAAAUAUGGCCGACUUUCAGACCUCAGUAACCACAUAAACAACGUUCACAAAACUUACAAACAGGCCUAUAAUUGUGACAUCUGUCAAAAAUCUUUUCAUUUUCAGAAAUCUUUAAAAGCUCAUCGUAUUAGUGUUCAUCAUAAAUUAGAACAUCAGUGUCGUGAUUGUCAUCGACGAUUUGCAACACAGGACGAACUAACCCAGCACAGUAAGCUACAUCCCUCUGAUGGUACCUUUGGUUGUUCUGUCUGUGGAGUAGUCUUCCCCUGUCGUAAAACAUUGAUCAAACACGAGAAGACUCACAUGCCAGAGAAAACUUACAAGUGUGAUUGGUGUGGAUUAAGUUUUAAAAGUAGCAGUACGCUGGUCGGCCAUGUUAGAACGCACACUGGAGAACGUCCAUAUAUUUGUGAACUAUGUGGAAAUGCUUACGCGCAGAUGAGUACUCUCAAAGUCCAUCAGUUAACUCAUUCAAACACGAAACCUCACGCUUGCGAUCGCUGUGAUUACGCUUUUAGGACACGAGCAGAAUUAAAUAAUCAUAUUCUAGUCCAUACAAAGGAGAAGAAAUUCCAAUGCGACGAAUGUGGUAAGCGCUUUCCACGUGUUCGCUCUUUGAAAGAUCAUCUUUUAACCCAUGCUGGAAUCAAACCCUACUCCUGUUCACAGUGCGGGCGGAGAUUUUCCUGUCAUCAGCAUCUACGGCGUCAUCAGAGAAUCCACAAGGGUGAGAUGCCGUACACAUGUGAAAUUUGCGGCAAACAAUCACGUCAGAAAUAUAACAUGACUGUUCACAUGCGAACCCACAAUGGAGAAAAGCCAUUCGUUUGUGAUAUUUGCGGAAAAAGCUUUACGUACAAUAAAAGCCUUCAGACUCAUAAAGUAUCAUGUGGUAAAUCGAUGGUGACACCAGGAAUGUUCGCAUUUCCACCCCAACAACCGCCUCCAUCUGUAGCUCAUCAGCAGCAGCAGCAGCAAUAUGUUAAUAUGGGAAUGAAUGUUCACAUAGCUAGAUGAUUUGUGUAAAAUAUUUUUAGAAAAACAAUUCGUUAGAUGACUGAACCAUAUUAAAAUGCUGUUUACAUGUACCUUAGGGUUGGUUUAACAUGCCCACUAAUACAAACCUGGUCAAAAUAGACUUCAUAUUCAUGACCCGCAGUUAAAUGCCUCCUCACUUUGGUUUACCCAGUUGUUGCCAUAACUUACACUUCAUUUUUGUUGCCAUAUGCACUACACAAACAUUAAGCUACAGAUAAGAUUGAUUGCACCACUGAAAGACUUAUGCUCAGUGAAAGAGUCUGUUUGAUCUUCUAUAUUAAAUAAUUGAGGUCACAAUAAGGCAAAAUGAGAGAAUUUUAACGAUUUGUAUGUGACAUGCACAUGGGUUAUAAUGUGGUGAGUGCAGGAUUGCCAUUAUUAGUUAGUGUGGCAUUACUGUUACUAGGGGACAGUUAGGCUUUCCAAAGUAUGUAUGGUGUUACUAUCAAGAUCAUCAAAGUCAUUUUGAUCAUUUGAUGUUAGGGAUUAUUUUACACCACCAGUUUACUGGCAUGGUAUAUUUGUAGUUCAGAGGCGAAUCAAACCUCUGAUGGGACAUAGGCAGCUCAACUAGCUAGACCAUUGUAAUCAUAGAGAAAGAGAAAUGGGGUUUAACCUCCAUUUGAUACAAACUAGGUCAUUUCGGGAUCUAACAUAUGGUUUAAUUUUAUUUCCAGAGAAAACACACAAGGUUGGGCAGGCGACCCUACUCCUUGUCACGUACAACCAGGGAAUCGAAACCACUCCAUUUAAAUCAAUGACAGACCUUAUGAUUACAGAACUAGGCUGUCUGUUUUGUGUUUGAAAUCGGCGUUCAUUCCCGUUAAAAACGAUAUAAUUCUGUUUCAUUUGCCCUAUUAAGCAUCUGGUAGGGCAUUUCCACCGACCUAUUAGAAACUACAUGUAUGUCGUACUGAGAGCUACUUCUAAAUUAGGAGGAACCACGGAUGCUCAGUGAGUAAGGUGUUGGCUUGCUAACCUGGAGAUCCUGUGGUCGAUCCCAGUGUUGGCCAAGAAAGAUCACUUAUCAGUGGUGCAGAACGGAGAGUCUGGCAAGGAACAAUGUAUAGUCCUUCGGAUAGGAUAAAAAAAUCGAGGUCCGAUGUACACAUUAGCAUACAUCUAAAAGAUCCCUUAGCAGUUAGAAUUUGAUUUAAGAGUAGUCCAUAGUGUCGCUGUCCAGACAAAUUUUUCCUCAUAGCACAAUGUAUAGCGUAUGCCCGUCUUUAUAAGCCCAGUCAUAGCAGAACAGUAGGACAUUAAACCCCAUUUCAUUUCUAAAUUAGGAUAUACAUCAGCUAACCAGUUUAGUAUGAGCAUUUUAUACAAUCUUGUACAAAUAUUAAAAGCAGCCUUUAUGUACUGUAAUGAAAGAAAUACAAUUUUCGAGGAGAAAAUCGCCAAAACCUUUUUGAAAAUGAAAGCUAAAGUUGCUUGACUGGAUGCCAGCAAGUGACCCGUCUGUCAUGCUGGAGUUUAUCAACCACUCUAUUAGUACAUGUAUUACUAAUACUAUAGCUCAUCUGGAGCAGGAGGGGUUGGAUGGCUGAAUGGUUAGAGCGUGUGCCUUGUAUCAUAAGGUCUGUCAUUGAGUUUCGAUACCCCAGUUGUAUGUGACCAGGAGUAGGGUCGCCUGUCCAACCUUGUGGGUCUUCUCCGGGUCCUCCGGUUUCUUCCCACUGCUAAAGACCUCUAUGCACUAGCAAAUUAUUGAAAUAAAAUUGAGAGAGAGAAUUGGGGUUUAACGUCCACUUGACACAAACUAGGUCAUUUCGGGACUAACAUGGUUCAAUUGUUUUCAAUAAUUCGGUUGUGCGUAGGUGUCUUUAGCAGUGUGAGGAAAUAGAAUUGAACCAUAUGUUAGUCCCAAAAUGAUCUAGUUUGUGUCGAGUGGACGUUAAACCCCAUUUCCCUCUCUCUCAUCUGGAGCACCAUCUCAUGGGCCUUCCUUCUUGGUGCACUGUUGAUUACCAUCGAGUUGGGUUCGUGAAGCAUGAUGCAUUGAAGUAAAUAAAUAAGUAACCCAGUUAUGUCUAAAGUGGAGGUCAAAUCUUUUUUGGGCCGAUUUUUUGAGUGGGUCGUAUACAGCUGCCUCCACUGUUUAUAGUACAAGGUAUUACGCCUCUGUUAUAGUUUAUACAUAUCUUAUAUGGGCAUGUUACAUAUAAGAAAUUGUUUUUGUUAGUGAUAUGUAAUUGUUAGAGCUUUUUAAUUUAUUUAUAUUCAAUAUUAAUAAAACUCAAUGUAGCGUAGAAUUCCAUAAUUAUGUUUGAUUAAUUAUAGUUUUUGU